AUGGCUGCUAAAGCGUUACUUGUAUCUGGAGCUUCUGGAUUUGUUGCAUUACAUAUUGUUGGUGAACUCCUUAGUGAAGGGUUCGAGGUUGUUGGCACUGUCAGAUCACAGGCACAGGCUGAUAAACUGUUGGCGAGAUUCAAGGCUAAAUACCCCCAUGGAUCGUUGACCUAUUCCAUUGUUCCAGAUAUCUCCAAGGAUUGUGCUUUUGAUAAGGUGUUUGAAACAGUUGAUGAUAUUGACUACGUCUUACACACCGCGUCGCCAUUUUCAUUUGGACUUGAAGGCACACUGGAAGAUAUUUAUCUCAUUCCAGCUGUUAAUGGUACGCUGAACAUGCUAAAGUCGGUUCAUAAGCUUGCUCCACAAGUGUCUAAAGUUGUUGUGACAUCGUCAAUGGCUUCUAUUCAGAAUUUUGAUAAAGUUGGCGAUGCCAGCUUCAUCCACACGGAAUCUACAUGGAAUCCUAUCCAAUGGGACGAGGUUACGGAUGAGAACAUGGCCUAUGUUGCUUCAAAGAAAUUGGCAGAGAAAGCAGCUUGGGACUUUGUUAAGGACAACGAUGUCAAGUUCAAACUCAACACUGUGACCCCGCCAUACAUCUUUGGUCCCCAAUACUUUGAAGAAGAUGCAUCCUUGGACAAGAUCAAUACCUCAUCUGGAUUGAUUGCAGCAUUGUUGAAAUCCGAUCCUAAAGACACACAUCUCUUCUCUGAACCUUCGCUUUGCGCAGUUGAUGUACGUGAUGUUGCCAAGGCCCAUUGCUUCGCUCUUAGACCAGAAAUCAGCAAUGAAAGAUUGUUCGUUGCAUCGGAGAGAUUCACACUUCAGGGUAUUCUGGACAUCAUCAACAAGGAUUUCCCUGAACUUGACGGUAAGAUUGCCAAAGGCCAACCAGAGGGUGAAAAGUCGAUCCCAACCUCGUACUUUGACAAUUCUAAGACGAAAGAGAUUAUGGGUGGGUACGAAUUCGUACCGCUUGAGACAUCGGUCUUUGAUACAGUGAAACAGCUCUUAGAACAAGGCAACCUGAAGAGCACCCUUUAA